AUGGCUGACGCCCCGGUCAAGCAGGUUGUCGCGGCCGAGGGCUGCACGGGCGCCACGGUCACGGCAGCCAACUCGCAGGCGGCGGCGUUGGGCGCUGCCGCAGCCUCCGCAAUCGCUGCUGCCUUCAGUGCGAAUCCAUCGCCGCUCGGCACCCGGCACCCGGCACCCGGCGGUGCGAAAGUUGCGGGCGCAUCGCGGUGCGCAGCGGUAGCCGUACAGCCGCCGGCGCAGCCGCCGCCGCGGCCGCAGCCGAAGCUGCAGCCUCCCACGCCUCUCUGCGCCGGCGUCGUUGAGCAGGCUCCUCCUGCGCUGCAGCGAGCGGGCGCCGCCCCGACGCAGGCUCCUCCCGCGCCGCUCUGCGUCGGGGCGGCGAAUCCCGCGCCGCAGUGCGCCACGGCGGGCUACCUGCCUCGCUGCGUCCCUGCACAGCUGGCGCCGCAGUGCAUGGCGGCGGUGCCCUCGAUGGCCUUCUGCCCGUCGCAGUACCCGCUGCAGCUCGGCCCGGGGGGGUACAUGGGAGGCGCGCCCGGGAUGGGCGUGCCGGCUGGAGGCGUGCCUCGGGGCGGCGCGAUGCCGCUCGGCCACCCGUGCUGCGGUCACCCCAUGGCGGGCGGGCAGGUGGCGGGCGGGCAGGUGGCGGGCGGGCAGGGGGCGGCGUACCCGUCCGCGCAGUACCCGGUCGGGAUGCAGAUUGGCGUGGGGCAGACGGGGGCGGGCCAGGCGCAGGGCGCCGCCACGCAGGCCUAUACCUCGCAUGCGCGAGGCUGCGCCGCAGACUCGGCGAUGCGAGACGGGCACGCGGCUAACCAGCGCGGCGACUACGCGGCGGCGCGCUCCUUCUUCCUCGCCGCGGGCCGCAUGUCCGGCAAGGCGGCCCUUCCGACCGUGCCUGUGGGUGGGCCGGCAGCCUCGCUCGGGCUCAGCCUCGUCGCAAAGUACGCGAACCACGACGCCUCGGGCGGGCUGGUCCUCGACAAGAGGGUGGUCGUCGUGCGCGUCACCGCAAAGGAUGCCGCCGGCUCGCCCGCGCAGCCCGUCGGCGUGCGGCUGCUGCUCGAGUACGAGGACGUGACAUGCGUGCGGCUGCUGCUCGAGUACGAGGACGGCUCGCCCCUCCUCCCCGAGGCCGCCGCCAGCGCCCUCGUCGGCACCUGUCAGACGGUGGUGCACAAGGGCGGGCCUGCGGACCUGAGGCUGCGGCUGACGGCGAUGUCGUCGUCGCACAGCCGGCGGCGCUUCCGCUUCGCGCUGCUCGGUCAGCCGGCUCCUGCGGAGGGGGCGGGGAGCGCGCCUCUCCUCCGCGCGACGAGCGAGCCGUUCGCGAUGGUGCACCACAACGGAUUCAGCAGCGCGGGCGGCUCCGACUCGCAGCAGCGCGCACUCGCCGCAAAGGGGCGCGCGGGCGGGAGGGCAUUCGCGCAGCAGUACCGGCAGGCGACACCGACGCAUCGCCUAGCUCCUCACGCCAUCACUAACCACGCCAGCUGUGCGGAGGGCGGGGCGCGGCUGACCAAAAGCGCGAUUCGGCUGUGCGACCGCCUCGCCGCGCUCGUCGCGCAGCAGCUUGCGCAGCGCUCUUUGCUGGCGGCGCAGAGGCGCGCGGCUCAGAGCCGCGGCGCGGGGGCGGCGGCGGAGGGGGCGCAGCUGGCGCCGAGCGACAAGCUUGCAGCGGCGUGCGAGGCUGCUAGGCGGCUCGAGACGUCGGGGCUUGGCUCGCGGCUCGGCGAGCCUCCUUCGGCGCUGGGCAAGCGGCCGACGCCAGAGGGCGGACUAGAGCGCGGACAUGAGGGAGAACCAUCGCUGCCCGCUGCGCGGGACGUCGUCGCCGCCAUCAAGCAGCCGGGCAACUUCGACUUUCUCUACCACGCAGGCGUGCUGCGGAAGCACGAGGCGCCGCCGUCACUCGCGCCGCCGUCGCUCGCGCCACCGGCUGGGCCGAGCGCGCUCCCCGGCCCGAGUGCGGCCAACGCGCCUCCGCCUCAGCAGCAGAAGGAGGUAGCGCACUUGCUGCAGCAGGUUGGGGCGAGUGCGCUCCCUUCCCUGCCUCAGCAGCCACAGCAGCUGGCGCAGCUGCUGCAGCAGGUGGGCACGCCUCACUCUGCGGCGGUGCAGACUUGA